AUGUUAAUUACGCAUUCUAGUUUAAAAGCGGGCUUGUUUACAGGCGUGGCGCUGUUCGCGAAGAGACACCGGCGAUCGCCGUCCCAUUUCAACCUCAAAUACGGCCGUGAAAAUUCACCACCGGAAUCUCCCGUGAAGGAAGUGGUGCAUAUUACCUGCGAGAUCGAGAGCAAGGAAGGACUGGAGUUGUGCCCGGAGUGUGGUUUAAUAGCCAACAUGGAACGCAGGUUACACAAAGGGCUCAGCUUCAGCUUGCGAGAACUCAAAUUAGAAAUCGACAAAUUGACGACGACCGACGAUUUUGAGGCGCACAACAUGGUACGCGAAGCGAACGAGAAACAGGCGGCAGCUGAAAAGGCGCUAAAAGAGAGCCAGAUGAAGGUGGACGUGCUCACCGCCGAGGUGGCGGCCCUGAAGACCCUAGUCCUGACGUCUACGCCUAGCUCUCCCAAUCCCCAUUUGCACCCGCAAAUAGGCGGCGCGAAAGACGAGACAGGUGAGCAUCGCGAAAUGGAUCUCUUCAGUAAAUUAAAAAGGGGAAGUGAAAAAAGUCCAUCGCACAUCUGCUAACGAUUGCCCUAAAGUGUAAUAAAGACCAUAAUAAAAAAAAUAUCGAUAAAACAAAUAAAUUACUUUAUUAUAUUUUUUAAAAUGCAGGUGGAUCCUGAGUUCCACAAAGAGUUCCUAGUCUGGCGUCAAAAGCCCGUGUUGGGAAAAACUGACCCUUUCAUUCAACGAAUUUACAACGAAGACAUCAACCUGUGCUUGCGCUUCAACAACAAGGAGUUAUCGAGUAAAGUCAGCAUCGCUGUGGAGGCCGGUACGAUCCUAAUCGAAGCCGUCAGCGACAAGACAAAAGCCAUGUUCCCUAAAAAAUGUGCGUUACUAGAAGUCCCAAGGUUAUGUUUUUAUAGGAUGAACAUCGGAGAGUCGGACAAUUGGUACAGCAUAUCGCAACUGUGUAGGAAUAGGAUUAUCGCUGUCUGUGAUUUUUUAAAUUAUCUCAAAUACAUUGAAAGGGGUCUGGUGAAAAGUUCUGCUCACGAUGUCUACUGGGAAAUUAUAAGGUUGAGGAAGAAUAUCUCCCUGGCCCGCCUAGGACUGAGCCUCGCUUCGUGAAACUAAGUUAUCGGACUCGUUACAUGUGCCAAAUUCUACCCUACGCUAUCCUUAGUUAUAGAUCUGUUAAAACUCAAACCAAAGACUAGGUGAUUUAAGUUGCAGAAUUUUUAUAUUUUACGGUGUAGCAAAUUCAGGAAUUUAUUUUUUUACGCAUUUGUCCCCGCCUCGUGUACAUAUGCCUCUCACUUUAAUCCCGAUUAAGGUGGUUAAAAAAGUUUUAAAGAAAUGAUAUUUUGCUAUUUUUAAAAUGUUUCUUUUAUAGGUGAAAUAUGAUUCGGAACAAAAUUAGGGAAAACCUUGUAGAAUAGAGUAUUUUUUCCUGUGAACACUUCAGUGAUGAAAAAAAAUUGAAGAUAUGUAAAUGAUUUUUAAGACAAUAAAUUGUUUCGAUCGGAAAUUAGUUUUUGGUAUGUUUUGAAUGUGGAUGAAAAGCCUACAGUGUAUGUCAAUGAUACUCUACGCCUACUGGUACAUUGUGCCUACUAACCUAGUAGGUACAAAAUAACAUUUUCUGCCAGUAGGCAUUGACAUUUUAGAAACACGAAAAUUAGGUUAAUUUUGCCUUCACAGGGUAUCUGAAACUAUCGUUGGUAUCCAAAUGUACUCACCGAAGUGUUUUUGUUGUAAAUUUAUGUAUAUAUUCUAUGUUUUAGCUCUUAUUAAAUCUCAAAUUUAUUGUUGAUAUUAUUUAGACUCUCUAUACUGACAAAAAGAUAUGUAACAAAUAAAACGAGAUAUGUA